AUGGAUUCUGGGUUCAAUUCGAGACCUUUGCCAGGCACAGAAAAGCUGAAGUCUAAAUGGAACACAACAACCACCGAUCUUAGUGGUGCAAACCCUCCAGUUCGCCUCGAGGGAGAAAUCGGGGACGUUAUUGUUCGCGGCACUAUCCCUGAUGCCAUCGACGGCACCUUUUACCGCGUUGCCCAGGACCCCUUCACCCCGCCAGCGCCGCAUAACGUCUCCAUUGAAGGACAUGGCGUGGUGUCAGCUUUUCGUAUUCACAAAGGCUCGGUCGACUUCAAGAUGAGAUACAUCCAGACGGAGAGAUACCUCACUGAACGCAAGGCAAGGACAAGUCUAUUCGGCUUGUACAAAAACCCUUGGUCAGAUCAUCCUUGCGUUCGAGGCGUGGUUGAUUCAACGGCAAAUACCAACAUCAUCUAUUGGGCGGGAAGCCUCCUAGCACUGAGGGAAUCUGCCAAUCCGUACUCUCUAGACCCAGAUUCGUUGGAUACCAACGAAUAUGACCCUUUUGGUAAACAGGUCAACUCUGAAGCCUUUACGGCUCAUCCCAAGAUUGAUCCAUUUACAAAUGAACUCGUUGUCUUUGGAUACGAGGCUAAAGGCCCUGGAAGUGACGACAUUGUUACUUACUCCAUUGAUAAGAAUGGACAUGUGAAGAAUGAGACCUGGGUUAAGUCUCCUUAUGUCACAUUUGUUCAUGACAUGGUCUUGACCGAGAACUGGAUCGUUCUAAUUCUCUGGCCUUUUGAAGCCGAUGUUGAUCGUAUGAAGGCUGGUGGCCAUCACUUUGCGUACAAUUACGAUCUUCCCGCCUCCUUCAUUGUCAUUCCCCGCCGCCCAGAGAAGGCGAAUUCAAACUGGAAAUUGGGCGAAUAUCGUGUCUACAACACCAAGAACUGCAUGAUAGGACACACAGCAUCCGGAUGGGAAGAAGGCGACAAGAUCUACUUCGAAUGCUCCCGCUCUCACGACAAUUUCUUCCCUUUUUUCCCCGCCAAGGAUGGAAGGGAAGCAGGAAAGACAGUAGUGGACUUUGUGCGUUUCGAGAUUGACCUGAAUCAGCCCACUGGAUCAAACGUCGAUGAACCUAAAGUCUUGCUCGAUAUCCCCAAUGAGUUCCCACGUAUCGAUGAGCGAUACAUGUCAAAGAAGUAUGAGGUUGUCUUUUGCUGCAUCUUUUAUCCAGGUCACAGCGACACGAAGAAACUGCUCUUUAGUGGUCUCAAUGCUGUGGCCAUGAUCAACACCCGAACUGGAGAGCAGCAGUUCUACUGGCCGGGAGAGAACUGCUAUUGUCAGGAGCCUGCAUUUGUUCCACGAAGCGAUGACGCUCCUGAGGGAGAUGGAUGGGUCAUGUUUGUUGUUGAGCGUAGAGCUCUGAACGUCAGCAAUCUGGUGAUUGUCGAUACUCGUGACUUCAAAACACCUAUCGCUGUCGCUGAACUCCCCUUGCGUGUACGACCGCAGAUCCAUGGUAACUGGGUUGACUCUCGGGAGUUGAAUGACAAACCUCUCGUCUCUGAACCAGGAGAGAUCAAACUUUCUGGUAAAGCAUGCAACUUGAAGGUGGACAUUGCAAAUGGUAGUCACUGA